AAUAAAGGCACGAGGAAAUUUUGCCGAGAAUAGGAGGCGAGGAUGGAAUGUGCGAUGUGAAAAUUUGGUUGGCAAAUGACAAAAAAUGAAUUUGUAGACAUGGAUACAUAUAUUUAAAAUGCUUAGAUACUGUACAGUGUGUUUCUCCAUUAUUACUUUGUGUCUGUGAUACCAAAAUGAGGAAUAUAAUCUUGAACAUCUUAAUCACAGGCAAUUAGCAGUUGCAAUGCAUUGUAGUCUUUAUAUUUUUAUUUUUAUAUUUUGUGUCUUUUACAGGUGACAAUACACUAGUUAUGUUUAUUUUGUAUUUUUUUUCUCAGAUUUUUUUAGACAUGAAGCAAACACAUAUAUUAUAAACGUCAUCACCUGGAUGCACUAAUCAGAAAACGUUGGUUGUCUGGACGCGAGCAUAUCCAGUUCGUAAAACAGGCUUGGCGGAAGAUAAAAUAUUUCCAAGGUUGUAACGCAUAUUAAUUCGUUUACCUUAGGUCCGGCAGUAAGGAUUUUAUUUUGGUGAUCCCAUCCGGAAGAUGAACGGGUUACUCCCGCCUGCUUGGGGCCGAUGUGCUCGCACACAAGCGCACGCAGCUGCUUCAUUCUCCAGUGCUCGACGCUCGGCGACAGAGAGGGGAGCUCGCGCGUCUCGCUCGCGGGAGGGGGGGGAAAGCAGCCUGUGAUGGACUUGACCAAACAAGACGCAAACGCGCAGUUGGCGUUCGACAUGAGCACUUUGGCGGGGAGUUACAGGUGCGGGCUUCCGGCGAACCACUGCUGUGGUGGUCCCGCGGGUCUCCGCCGGCGCCGCUCUGGAUGUGCUUCGUGCGCUCGCGCGCCACAGUGAGGUAGACACAGUGUCCGGGCGCGUUUCACGCGGGCGUCGGCGUGUGGCCGCUGCCGUGGAUGCGGCUGUGGGGGUCGGUGUCUGAGCCCCGCAGGAGCAGCCUGUCAUAGGGCACCAUGACGUCCCCGCGUGUCCACGCGUGGAUGAGGAUUAUUUGCCCGGAGAUGCUGCUGCUGGUGCCCGUCCUGUGUCUUCUGCCCGCGGCCGGAGCGGCGCCUCCGCUGACUACAGAGCAGCUGGACACGGGGGUGGACUGGCUGAGCAAGUUCGGCUACCUCCCGCCCCCCGACCCGGUGUCUGGCCAGCUCCAGACCAAGGAGGCUCUGACCAAGGCCAUCAAAGCCAUGCAGAAGUUCGGGGGGCUCAAAGAAACCGGCGUCCUGGACCAAGCUACACUGGGGCUGAUGAAAACGCCCAGAUGUUCCCUGCCAGAUGUGUCCGAGGCGGAGGUGAGCGCGGGCCGCCGGAGGCGAGGCCUGAGCCCUCAGAACAAAUGGAACAAGAGGCAUCUAUCAUGGAGAGUCAGGACGUUCCCCAAGGAUUCGGCCUUACUGGGCCGGGACACGGUCAGAGCGCUGAUGUACUACGCCCUGAAGGUCUGGAGUGACAUCACGCCCCUCAACUUCCACGAGGUGGCGGGAAGCGACGCGGACAUUCAGAUCGACUUCACCAAGGCCGACCACGACGACGGCUACCCCUUCGACGGGCCGGGCGGCACCGUGGCUCACGCCUUCUUCCCAGGGGAGAGGUUCACGGCCGGGGACACGCACUUCGAUGACGACGAGGCCUGGACCUUCAGGUCUCCAGACUCGCACGGGAUGGACCUGUUCGCCGUGGCGGUGCACGAGUUCGGCCACGCCAUCGGCCUGGUCCACACCUCCGCCAUGGAGUCCAUCAUGAGACCCUACUACCAGGGUCCGGUCGGGGACCCCCUGAAAUACGACCUGCCGUACGAAGACAAGGUCCGCGUGUGGCAGCUCUACGGUGUCCGGGACUCGGUGUCCCACACCAAUCGACCCGGCGGCCCCUCGCAGACGGCCGAGCCGCCCGUCCUGCUGGACCUCCCUGAGAACCGCUCCACGCUGCUGCAGUCGCGAGACGCCCCGGACAGAUGCACCAGCCACUUCGACGCCGUGGCCCAAAUACGAGGGGAGGCCUUUUUUUUCAAAGGGAAGUACUUCUGGCGGCUGACGCGGGAGAAGCACCUGGUGUCUCUGCGCCCGGCUCAGAUUCACCGCUUCUGGAGGGGCCUCCCGCCCAACCUGGACGGCGUGGACGCCGUGUACGAGCGGCCCGGGGACCACAAGAUCGUCUUUUUCAAAGGUCUCAAGUACUGGGUGUUCAAGGACAACAUCGUGGAGGAGGGCUACCCGCGGCCCAUCAGCGACUUCGGGCUGCCGGCGGAGGGCGUGGACGCCGCCUUCGUGUGGCUGCACAACGACAAGACCUACUUCUUCAAGGGCGGCCGCUACUGGCGCUACGACGACCGCCUGCGGCGCAUGGACCUGGGCUACCCCAAGGACGCCGCGCUGUGGAAGGGGCUGCCGCCGCAGCUGGACGACGCCAUGCGCUGGUCCGACGGCUCGUCCUACUUCUUCAAGGGGAGGGAGUACUGGCGCGUGCCGGGCAGCGACAUGGAGGCGGAGGCCGGAUCCCCGCGCCUGAUCGCCAAGGACUGGCUGCUGUGCACCGAGAUGCAGUCGGACUCGCCGGACGCGGCGCCCAAGAGCACCGAGACCCGGGUCAACGUGCACCGGCGCCCGGACCACGCGGAGAACGGGUACGAGGUGUGCUCCUGCACCUCGGACACCGCGUCCCCCGUGGGCGCGCGGCCCUCGCCCUCCCCCGCCUGGCUGCUGCCGCCGCUGUGGACGCUGGCGCUGGCCCUCCGCUCGGAGCCGCUAUGAUGCCAAAGCAGCCGUGAACGAGGGCGAGGGAGUCGCCAGAGGACCGUAAAUACGAACUGGAAAUCUUUGUUAUAUAUAAUAUCAAUUGGUAUGGUUUUGCUUUUUUUGCUGUUAUUUAUUUCACAUGCCAUUGAUGGUCAUUGAAGCGCCUUGCAGUAUGGCUAGUGCAUACAGUUCUGUUAUCAUACUAGGGAAGCCAUUAAUGCAGUCCACUGACAGUGACCAUGCUAGUUCUGUGCUUUACUAAUUGAGUUACACACGAAACCACACGUUCUUAGCUUUCGCUUCAGUCUAAAAUGUAUUCACGUAAAACCCAGCAGGAGGCGCUGAUGAGAAAACCGUUAUUCCUGGUCCCGUUUACAGCAAUAACGCACGGCAUUCUGGGAUGGGAUGAUCAGUACUGAUGUCUUGUCUCUGCGGCUGGUUUGCUUUGGUUGACUGACAACAGGACGAUUCGACCAGUCCGGCCUUGUCCAAUACCACAGUUGAAUAAAUGAUGCCAGUCUCACUAAUUGGCAGGGUUUAUCUUCCUUGGAUUAAUCCAUACGCAGUUUAACUGCAAAAGGAAUUGUUUACGAGAGGUUAUGUGCUUGUUGGUGGAUUUUCAUGCCUUUAGACAGGUCCCAACUUUGUGUUUCUCCUCAUUUGUACUUUUUAUAACCGGCUGCUGACAUGUGGAGAAGGUAAAUAAUUCUCCAUGGAUUCUGUCAUUUGGUGAAACGGGUUGAAGUCACAGCCAUGGCUGGAGUUUGGGCGCUCAGUAAGGGUUCGACGCCAGUCUGACAGGAAGAGCCGCCUGAAAGCCUCAAUCCAGGGCAAAGAAUGACACCCGUGAAUCCAGAUACUCAGACAUGUGACUGACACCGUGGCAGACAGGUGAAAAGCACCCUGGGAUGUAGUGUAGAUAGAUAGUUAGGUUUAUAGAUGAAUGCUCCCGUGGGAUGUUGGCAGGAAGACGUGUGAAUGGCAUGCUGGGAUGUCAACAGGUAGAUGAAUGACAGGGGCUGCAAAUAGGGAGCUGGGUGAAUAGCAUGGAGCUCGGCUGUGGUACAUAGAGGUAGGAAGUGGCACAUGCGAGCGAUUUCCUGUUAGACACAAAUUCCAAAUCCUCUACUUAAAGUCACCCAACGCUGUUUCCCCCCUUUAGUCCCUUCUGAGGAGGUGCGCUCCACAUGUGACAUCAUCAUCGCCAUCUUCAAACUGAAGCGUUCGCCAGCAUUACGGGAGGGAACGCUGCUUUUGUUGUACUUUUAUUUGUAGUAAAUAUGGAUAGAUUGUGAUUCCAUAUUGCUUCAAUAGCUUACGGAGCCCUUUGUUUCUCAUCGAUCCGAGCUCCUGCUGGUGACGUCCUUAGCAGAACUCACAGGAUAGCGAGCAGAUUUAUUCUUGCUGAUAUAUUUACCUACAUUUUAAAUAUAGAAACAGAUAUAUUUGAGUUGAGAUGUUCCGUGGUUCCCGCAAAACCAAGUGAACUGUGUAUAUUUCAAGCUGUGUUUUCUAAUGUAAAAUAUUUUUGUAAAAAACAAAAACUGAAAUAAAUGACUCUGAAUGAC